AUGACAGGAGGUAUAGCUAUCGCUUCUGAUCAACUAGUUACCAUCCAGUGGAAAGAUGUGAAGGUAACGGCAAAAAGUGGUCGGCAGAUAUUGCAAAAUGUCAGCGGAAUCGCUGUCCCGAGGGAAAUGAUUGCUCUCAUGGGUGCCAGUGGAGCGGGCAAGACUACUCUUUUGAACGCACUCCUGGAACGGAAUCUCAGCGGUUUGAGCGUUGAAGGCACCGUACUGGUGAAUGGACAGAAUAUUGGCAGAGGAGUGACCAGUGUAUCGGCCUACGUGCAACAAGAGGAUUUAUUUGUGGGCACCCUCACGGUACUAAUGUGUUCCACUCCAAUUAACCGGUUAAGCCGUGCAGUCACCUCCGAAAACGGUACCUGA